AUGGGUGGUACCGAUGAGCUGAUGCCGGAGGGCGUCCAUCACUACGACGAAUCAUCAGAAAUGCCCGAGAACAUCCAAAAGUAUUGGCAUCAACGCUAUGAUAUCUGGUCGCGUUACGAUGAAGGCAUCUGGAUGACCGACGACGUCUGGUUCGGUGUUACCCCCGAGCCGAUAGCCAACCGUAUAGCUGACCACAUAAAGACUGGCGGGCCUGAAUCAAAAUCAAUCAUAAUAGAUGCCUUUGCUGGUGCCGGCGGUAACGCCAUUGCUUUCGCCCUUUCUGGUCGCUUCAAACAAGUCUUCGCCAUCGAGAAAGACCCUGCAACCCUCGCCUGCGCACGACACAAUGCAGAAGUGUACGGCGUAGCAUCAAAGAUCUGGUGGAUCGAGGGCGAUUGCUUCGACGUGCUCAAGAAGCGACUAAAGUCGUUGGCCAAGGACGCCAUCGUCUUCGCCAGUCCACCUUGGGGAGGUCCUCAGUACAGUGACGACAACAUCUUCGAUCUCAGCACCAUGCAACCUUACAACCUCAAGCACAUCUACGACAGAUUCUCAGCCUACGUUCCAGAUUUCGUGCUCUUCUUGCCUCGAAACUCUGACCUGAACCAGCUGGCAAACUGGAAGUCGUACACUACUGCACGAAUGGCUCUAGCAAGGUAA